GGGCGUGGCCUCGACAACGAAAACCAUCUUCUUUAAAUUCAACCGUUGUGAUUAUGUUGUGCAUCAAACGAACACAGUUUAUAGUUGUGUGUGAGAGCGCUUAAGGGAUCGUACACGGCAGUUGUUUGUGUUAGAAGAAGUGAGUUGUUACUGCGGGUAUUCCUAAACCAAACUGCUUUUAUUUCAGUUAUCAUAUGUUAGUAGACAGUUACGUCAGUUAAGCUAACUACUUAGCCUGAAGCAUGCCGAAUUUUUGCGCGGCCCCAAACUGUACACGGAAGAGCACCCAGUCCGAUUUGGCAUUCUUUCGUUUUCCACGAGACCCAGAGAGAUGCCGAAUCUGGGUAGAAAACUGCCGGAGAGCAGAUCUAGAGGCAAAAACAUCGGAUCAAUUGAACAAGCACUACAGGUUGUGUGCCAAACACUUUGACCCAGCCAUGGUGUGCAAAACAAGCCCCUACAGGACUGUAUUGAAAGAUACAGCCAUUCCAACUAUAUUUGAUUUGACGAGCCACCUAAAAAAUCCUCAUACCAGGCAUCGCAAACGGAUAAAAGAACUAACAGAGGAAGAUAUUCGAAAGAUCAAAGAAAGGAGAUUGGCAUCUUCUAUUGAACAACUUGUUUCCAAAAAAGACACAGCAGUUGAGGAUGCCACGAGCGCCAAUGACGAACCCCAACUGUCCACAGAAGAAAAGGAGUUUCGUGAAUACCUGAGAUCAUUGUUUGAGGUUGUGCUCAUGAUGGGAAAGCAGAGUAUCCCAUUAGCGGUGGAAAGAGCUGAAGAGGAAAAGAAAUCAAGCAACUUCCAGGCGCUUAUAGAUUACCGCAUAAAUGCUGGAGACGAAGGAUUGAAGAAACAUUUUGAGACAGCUGCUGUGAACAGAGAAUACCUCUCUACAACCCAGCAGGGCCAACUCCUGGAUAUAUGUGAGAACACAGUGAGGGAGGAGAUGCUAAUGGAAGUGAGAGAGAGUCGGUUCUUCUCUCUUGUAACAGGUGAACUUGUUGAAAUUUCCACUGAAAAACACUUGCCUAUAUUUUUACGCUUUGUGAAUCAGCAGAAUGUCCUCAGGGAGGAGUUUCUGGACUUUGUGCCAUUUAAUGGAGAUGAGUCUACGCUGGUUGAGAGGCUUGAGGCCCAGCUUACCGACCGUUGGGGACUUAGCAUGGAGGACUGCCGUGGUCAGGCCCACAAGGCCACCGGGACGUCCACCAUUAAGAUGAAAGCUGUGGCUGUAUUACUGAUGGAAAAAUAUCCCCUGGCGUUGCACAUGCCUUGUUCCCAUAUGACACUCAACAUCCACCUGGCCAACAGUCUGCCUUUUCCCAACGUGCAGGUUGUCAUGGAGACUAUUCGUAGGAUUGGUGCUUUCUUUAAAUCCCCACUCAUCCAGGAGGAGCUUGGUCAUGCCAUUUCUAUUCACUAUCAGAAAAAUGAAGAGAGAGGACUUACGCUCAAACAAAGCUGUGGCCAGGGCUGGACUGAGCAACACAAUGUCUUCGAUGUGCUGCUGGAUCUGUUGCCUCCUCUUCUGCUGUGUAUGGACACCAUCUGGGAAAACACUAAUGGAAGGUUCUCAGAUGCCGUCGCAGCAGCUGCAUAUUCAAUCGCAGAAACUUUGGCUGACUUUGAGAUCGUUGUCACCAUUGUUAUAUUAAAGAAUGUUCUCACGUUUACCAGGGCCUUCGGGAGGAACCUCCAAGGGGAAACACUUGAUGUGUUUUUUGCUGCUAACAGUCUCACCGCUGUUCUGCACUCACUGAAUGAGGUCAAUGAUAACAUUGAUGUUUACCAUGAAUUCUGGUAUGAGGAGGCUGUGAGUCUGGCAUCUGUAUUAGAGAUUCCUGUGACCAUCCCGAGACUGUUUCUUCGGAAGCAGCGCACAGCUGAUGUGAGUGAAUUCCAAGCAGAGACCUAUUUCAAGGAGUAUGUGACUGUCCCUGUUAUCCGUUGCAUCAUGCAAGAGGUGGAGGACAUGUUCUCUGACACCAACCUCAAAGCUCUUAAGUGCCUGUCUCUGGUCCCAGCUGUGAUGGGCCAAAUGAAGUUCAACACCACAGAGGAGAACUAUGCAGAAGUGUAUCGCAAUGAUCUCCCCAACCCAGACACCCUUCCUGCAGAGCUCCACUGCUGGAGAAUCAAGUGGAAGCACAGGGGCAAAGAGGUGCGCCUGCCCACCACCAUCCAUGAAACCCUGCAGCUCCCAGAUGUCAAGUUCUUCCCCAACGUGAACUCCUUCCUCAAGGUCCUGUCGACUUUACCGGUGCUGAAACUGGAAGACGACAGGAGCGACACAGCGAGCAAGAGACUGCAGGCUUACCUCAGCAGUGUACCUGCCCAGCAGUGGAACAAGAGUCUUAUAAUGCUCAACAUUAACACUCAAGUCAAACACGACCUGGAUGUUAUGGUGGAUAAAUACUGCAGACUCUACCCAGAGGAUGAGCCUGAAACUGAGGCUGAAGCUGAGGUUGAGGCUGAGGCUGAGGCUGAGAUGGAAGCUGAAGCUGAAGCUGAGGAGGAGGCUAUGAAAUCAUAGGAUUAUGACACAGAAUAUGAGUCAACCUGGGUUUUUUCAUACUGUUUUUAUGCUGAUGUAAAGCAGUAAUGGAUGCAAUUGUAUGCAAUCCCUGGGGAAAAAGACCUGUAUUGUAGUAAGGACUGAAACUGCAACACCACAAGAUGACCAUGCAUGUAAAGUUUAAUCUGUAAAUAUUA